AUGCCUCUCUGUCUCACCUUCAUCGACUUGAAGAAGGCCUUCGACUCAGUUGAGACGGAAGCGGUUAUGGAAGCCUUGGACAACCAGUGCGUCCCUACUCAGUACAUAGAGAGCAGCUUCACUACCGGAAUUUCACCAUUCUGCAAGGAUAUCAUAAUCGACGUGAAAAGAGGGGUCCGACAGGGUGGUUCAAUCUCACUUAAAAUAUUCACAGCCACUUUCGAGAACGCAAUGGGUGGAAUCGGGCGACAUAGCAGUGAAGGCUGGUGGUCGGCAGCUACACCUUUGCGCUUUGCUGAUGACAUCGUUCUGAUAACACCUAGCAUCAGUCAAGCGGAAAGAAUGCUGACCGAAUUCGACGAAACAUGUGGAUGCAUCGGUCUUCAGUUGAAUCUGCAAAAGAAGAUGCUCACGCUUAACGGAACGAACAUAUCCGAAUGCAUCAGCUACGUUUAUCUGGGUCGGGAAUUGAACAUGAUUAACCAUCUGACCCCCGAGCCGAACAGCAGGAGACGAGCAGCUUGGGAAGGGUAUAAGAGCAUCGAAGAUGUAGUGAAGAUGCCCCAGAACACCCGGCUCCGUGCUCAUCUCUUUAACACCACUGUACUUUCUGCUUUGACCUAUGCUUUGGAAAUCUGGGCAUUCCGCAAGCUGUAA